AUGAAUAUGACGGCGGCGAGGAGGAAGAAGAGGCUCUUCCCGCUCAGACUACGGCCGCUCCAGCCGCGGCGCCUCCUCGCCAUCGCCUUCUUGGCCGUGACCCUCCUCUUCCUCGUCCUCGUCCUCCUCUCCGUCACCCCUUCCUCGCCACGACCCCGCCGCGUCGUCGUCACAAGAUCCUCGUCCUCGCUGCCGCCGUCUAGCUGCGGCGCGGAGAGACUCGGGGAGCUCGGCGAUAUGAUGGUGUCCAUGCUCCCCAAGGGCCUCCCCUUCACCGUCUUCGUGCCCUUGCUGUACUCGUUCCGCCGCGUCCUCAGGCUGCGGCCCAACUGCAGCGCCACCGCCGAGGAGGAGGCGGCCGGCGACAGCGACACCAACACACACGUUUGUUGUUGCAGCUCGUCGAAGCUCAACAGUACCGUUAUCACCCUGGACACACGCGCGCUAGAGAACGCUGGGUUCAGAGAACCCCGCAGCAGCCUAAGUCUGACGAGAAAUCGACAAUAUUCAGGCUAG